AUGAGUGAAGUAAACAGUUAUAACAAGGAAGUAAGUGUAGGUACUCCUUCCAAAACCGGAAAUGAAGGAAAACCUGGACUUGAUUCAACUACUCCUGAGUUGAAAGAACCGGAAUAUAGUUCUACGGCAGAAGCUGUUUCUUCAAACUUAAAUACUGAAAAAUUGAGUAUUUCAAAAGAAAAUUUGAAUAAUAAUGUGCAAUUAUUGGACACUUCGAGAAAUUUAAAGUCUGAACCCAAUGUGAAUGAAACUGACAUCUCUGAAUUCUUAGCUGAAGAAAGUAUAUCUGAAGACAGUUUAGAACUAAACAAAGACAAGUCAAAAAAUGACAAAUCAUCUGCAUAUUUCUGCUUGCGUGUGGGAGAAAGUAUCCUAAAUGAUAAAGAUAUUUCACAUCGUUUGGAUGAGAUGGCAGAUGAUGUGCUUAGACAGCUACAUGAAGAAAUUCAAGAACAGAACUUGAAUUUGUCCUUAGAAAAUGAAGUUUUUGAAUAUAUAUUAUGUGAAGAUGAAGCUGUUCGAAAUACUCUAGCAAUGGUAGAAAUUGAUCAAGAGCUCUCACCUCAAGACUACACGCUGGCUCUUUCAUCUGCUGAAAAGUGUUGCUUUGCCCAGAAAAAACUUGAGCAGGUACAGAAAGAGUUGGAAAUAAAAGAAAUUGAAUGUAAAGAUGCAAUUCAAAGUCUAAAAUUUAAAGUGGAAUCUCUAGACAUUUCACUCAAAGAACUACAAGAGGAAAAAUCAAAAUUUGAUGCUAACAUAAGGUAUGGAGGAAGGCAUCCUGUUACAAAAAAAGUUGUUCUUCAGAAAGUUAUGAAAUACUUUGAUGACAGUAUUAAACAUAAAAUGGAGAUGAGUAACAAAUUCAAAGUACGAAUGCAGCAUGAUACAAUGGAACAAAACAAGAUUUUGAAUCAAGUGAAAACUAAACAGAAAAGACUUGCAUCUUUGAACGUUACAGAAUUCCAACAAGCUGAGCUUGCUCAUAAAAACUCUUGUGAUACUUUAAAUAAAUAUAAAGAACAACUUGGUAAAUGCAAAUCAAAGUUCAGUCCCCUAAUCCAAGAUAUGGCCAAACUAAAAAAAGAUUUAGCAAGAGAGAAAUUAGCCAUGGAGGAAAUGAAAGAUGCAGUUUUGAAACAAGAGCAUUUGAAAGAAAUCAUGCUAUUUGAGAAAACUCGCAACGACCAAAGGGCUAGGGAGCUGGAGCCCAUACAGAUGGAAUCGGGGUGGUGCGGACUUGCCGUUUUGGUGUCUGGUUGA